AUGAUUAGUCUUUUUUCUCGACUUUCAAGCAACAGAAGGUCGUCCAUUAUAAAAAAUUUCAAUCGAAUUCGACAAAUCUCUUCAAUUUCUUCCCAAAUUAAAGACUCUAAACAAAGUAUUAAGGAAAAAAUUGUUGCAAUCGAUAAACAACGUCCUUUCAGUAAUUUUCUAACGGAUCGAUUUUCGAGACAACAUACUUAUCUUAGGAUAUCAUUGACUGAAAAGUGCAAUUUGAGAUGUACUUAUUGUAUGCCAGAAGAAGGAGUUGAUUUAACACCUUCACAUAAACUUUUAUCUUUUGAAGAAAUUAUAAGAAUCGCAAAGUUAUUUGUGUCUCAAGGUAUUAACAAGAUUAGAUUGACUGGUGGCGAGCCUACUGUGAGGAAUGACAUUAUUGAUUUAGUUGGUGAAUUGGGAAAAUUAAGGUCGGAAGGACUUGAAACUUUAUCAAUGACGUCUAACGGAAUUGCACUAAAGAGAAAAUUACCAAGACUAGUAGAAAAUGGAUUAAACUUAUUGAAUCUUAGUCUUGAUACAUUAGAUCCCCUUAAAUUUGAACUAAUUACACGUCGCAGAGGAUUUGAACGUGUAAUGGAAUCUAUUGAUCUGGCUAUUUCAUUGGGUCUUAAACCAGUUAAAAUCAAUUGCGUAAUAAUGAAGGGAGUGAAUGAUCAAGAGGUAUUAGAUUUUAUAGAGUUGACACGUUCCAAGCCAAUUGAUGUACGAUUUAUAGAAUAUAUGCCAUUUGAUGGCAACAAAUGGAAUGAGAAUAAAUUUAUCCCAUAUAAAGAAAUCUUGAAUAUGAUUAAUAACAGAUAUCAUGUUUCAAAAAUUCCUGGAGAUAUUCAUGAUACAUCAAAGGGUUAUAAUAUACCGGAAUUCACAGGUCAAUUUGGAUUUAUUACUUCAAUGUCUGAACAUUUUUGUGGAACAUGUAAUAGACUUCGGAUUACUGCUGACGGAAAUUUGAAAGUGUGUUUAUUUGGUAAUUCUGAAGUUAAUCUACGUGACUUGUUACGGGAAAAUGUUCCCGAUCAACAAUUAUUCCAAAUAAUUGAAGCUGCUGUCAAAAAUAAAAAGCAACAACAUGCAG